AACGUGGCGAAGUCUUGAUUUUGGAAUAAUGCCUGACCAUCUUGAUACGUCUGUGUCUUGUUUUGUGGUGAGGAUAUGGGGUGGAAAGGAAGACAUCUACCAGCUGUUGAUUGAAUGGAAAGUCUAUUUGGAUGGGCUGAAAUACUUGGGUCAGCAGAUUCAUGCCCGCAACCAAAAUGAAAUAAUUUUCGGGCUGAAUGAUGGGUACUAUGGUGCUGCAUUUGAACAUAAGGGUUAUUCAAAUAUUCAGAAGAAUAUUCUUCAGGUGGAUCAGAACUGUGUUCGUAAUUCUUACGAUGUCUUCUCUUUGCUGCGGCUUCAUAGAGCCCAGUGUGCAAUUAAACAGACUCAGGUAACUGUUCAGAAAAUUGGGAAGGAAAUUGAAGAAAAGCUAAGAUUCACAUCUACAAGCAAUGAGCUGAAAAAAGAAAGUGAAUGUCUGCAAUUAAAAAUUUUGGUGCUUCGAAAUGAACUGGAAAGACAGAAGAAAGCUUUGGGACAGGAGGUGGCAUUACUGCAUAAACAACAAAUUGCAUUACAGGACAAAAGAAACGCAUUUUCAGCUGAGCACCUCAAGCUUCAACUCCAAAAGGAAUCCCUAACUGAGCUUCGGAAGGAGUGCACUGCACAAAGAGAACAUUUUUUGAAGACAAAUGCUCAGUUGACAAUUCGAUGCAAGCAAUUAUUAUCUGAGCUUUCCUAUAUUUACCCAAUUGAUUUGAAUGAACAUAAGGAUUACUUUGUAUGUGGUGUCAAGUUGCCCAAUUCUGAGGACUUCCAAGCAAAAGAUGAUGGAAGCAUUGCUGUUGCCCUUGGUUACACUGCACAUUUGGUUUCCAUGAUUUCCUUUUUCCUCCAAGUGCCCCUCAGAUAUCCUGUAAUUCACAAGGGAUCUAGAUCAACAAUCAAAGAUAAUAUUAAUGACAAGCUGACUGAAAAGGAAAGAGAGUUUCCCCUGUAUCCAAAAGGAAGUGAGAAGUUGCAAUUUGAUUAUGGUGUCUAUCUUCUGAACAAAAAUAUAGCGCAGCUAAGAUAUCAACAUGGACUAGGAACUCCAGACUUGAGACAAACCCUUCCUAACCUGAAAAACUUCAUGGAGCAUGGACUAAUGGUCAGGUGUGACAGACAUCAUACCUCCAGUGCAAUCCCUGUUCCAAAGAGACAAAGCUCCAUAUUUGGGGGUGCAGAUGUGGGCUUCUCUGGGGGGAUCCCUUCACCAGACAAAGGACACCGAAAACGGGCCAGCUCAGAGAAUGAGAGACUCCAGUACAAAACCCCUCCUCCCAGUUACAACUCAGCAGUAGUCCAGCCAGUGCCCACCGUCCCUUCCAUGGUUGAGUCCGAGAGAAAGACCACAUCUCUGUCCUCCUCCUUGGAUACUUCCUUGGACUUCUCCAAGGAAAAGAAAAACGGAGUCGAUUUAGAUAACGGCUUAAACGGAGGCCGUGCAAGUGUGAGUACUAGCCAGGACGAGCCAGCAGAUGAAACCCCUUCUGAGCAUCCUGCCACAGUAAAUGGAACCCUCUUACCCAGUGAGCAGGCUGGCGCAACAAACACCCAGCUUCCAGAUGACUUCCCCCCGGUUUCAGAACCUGAGCUCUGCUGUACCGUGGAACAACCAGAAGAAAUCAUCGGGCUAGAAGCCACAGGUUUCACCUCGGGUGAUCAGCUCGAAGCAUUGAACUGCAUCCCAGUGGACAGUGCUGUGGCAGUGGAGUGUGACGAACAAGUUCUGGGAGAAUUCGAGGAGUUCUCCCGAAGGAUCUAUGCACUGAAUGAAAAUGUAUCCAGCUUCCGCAGGCCACGCCGAAGUUCUGACAAGUGAAAUAAGCAGACACGCAUGCUCAGUAGGACCAGGACUGAGUCGCUGCUUACAAUAAGAAUACAGCUGCACUUACCCUUCGUAAUAAUUAUGGAACAAAAUCAAUAUGAAUGGAGGCUUUGCCUCGGGAAAACAAAGUUUAAGAAUCGGGGAAAGACUCAUGCUCAGUAUGUAUCAGUAGCCCAGACGAAGUUAGAGUAUGCUUUCAAGAUUUGCUUCUCAAGCUUGACAAUUGUUUUCAGGCAGAAGUCAUUCUCUAGUUUGAAAGAGCUUAUAGCUCAAAUCACCGGAUAGGUAUUUGUCUGCUUUUUAUUUACACUUCUAUGUUAUCCUCAGAGGGAAGAUGAUAAUAUAUAUAUAAAUAAUAUAAUGAACUCACCGUUAGUAUCUUAUAAGCAUUUG